CUGGGAUUAGGGUGAGGUGUAAAUAUCAGGUGUGUGGAGGGAUGUCUCCGAUGCAGUUAGAAACCUAUCACUAGUCGGUCAUUUGUCAUCUGAGGCCUCACUGGGCGGGUGGCAGGUUGGAGGCACUCCCUGCGAGCUUUCUGGUCAGCAUCACAGCUCAGCAUGAAAUGUAUGUGAGCAUCUUCCUGCCCACUGCUCAGAAGCGUAUCUUUUCCCAUUGAGCCAUAAUCCCGCAGCUGGUGGCGGGGAGCUUGAGCAGCUGCUCAGCCACAGAUCAGUGUGGGCCACAUCCUGCAGACACUUCCCCAUUUAUCAGCAAUCUACCUCCUGCUUGAUCCGGGACAUAUGGGCUGAAGGAGCCAGGAGCUGGGAGCCAUGAGGAGCUGUUUGGACACAGUCUCACACACAGACUGAAGCCCUAUUGAGGAGUGAGAGCUCAGCGUUGCUGUGAGGAGAGGAACUGAUGGCAACUGCGAGGCCAAAUCUAUGCCUGCAGGAUGACAGGGACGUGCAGGCCAUGCAGCGGGGGGCGGUACUGAGGAAAGUCAAGUCUCGGAGCUGGAAACGCCCACGGUGCUACAGGCUGCAGGAGGAUUGUAUGAGCGUCUGGUACAACUCGAAGAAAGCUGGGAACCCCAGGACCGCGUUCUCGCUGUGUGAUGUGGAGAUGGUGAGAGAGGGACAUCAGUCAGAGCUGUUACAGAGCCUCGCUGGGGAGUUCAGCCCCGGCCUCUGCUUCACCAUCGUGUUCCGGGGCCGCAGCGGGAACCUGGACCUGGUGGCAGAGUCGGUGCAGGAGGCAGAGUCCUGGGUCCGUGGUCUCCGCACUCUCAUCAACAGCCUCCAGAACAUGGACCAGAAAGAGAAGCUCGACCGGUGGAUCAGGGACUGGUUCCAGAAAGCAGAUAAGGAUAAAGACGGCAGAAUGAACUUUAAGGAAGUGCGAGACCUGCUGAAAAUGAUGAAUGUGAACAUGAACGAGCUGCAUGCGCUCAGCCUGUUUGAGGAAAUGGAACAUAGCAGGAGGCGCCCUCCAGUGGCUGCAGUGCGAAGCUGCAGCAUUGAAGAGCAUGGGAGCUGCUCUAUGUGUAUGGCUGACAAGUCUCGGUCAGGGACCCUAGAGGGAGAGGAGUUUGUGCUGUUUUAUAAGGCCCUGACAGAGCGCGAGGACCUGAGGAAGAUCUUCUCCCACUGCUCUGCGGAUGGGCAGACUUUCAGCCAAAGGGAAUUUGCCGAGUUCCUGACUGAGCAGCAGCUAGAGCCAGCGGACACUGCCAUGGAGACGGCCUCCGCCCUGAUAGACAGGCAUGAGCCCUCGGAUACAGCCAAGCAGCUCCCGGCGCUGACUCUGAAUGGCUUCCUGGCCUAUCUCCGUUCUCCAGAAGGUUCCAUCUUCAACCCUGAGCACGAGCGUCUGCACCAGGACAUGUCGCGACCGCUCAACCAUUACUUCAUCAACUCCUCACACAACACCUACCUGCUGGAGGAUCAGCUCCGUGGGCACAGCAGUGUCGAGGGCUACAUCAGAGCGUUGAUGAGGGGAUGCCGGUGUGUGGAGGUGGAUUGCUGGGACGGAGCCGGCCUGGAGCCUGUCGUCUAUCACGGCCACACAUUCACAUCCAAGAUCUUCUUCAAGGACGUCAUCUCCGUCAUCAGCAAAUACGCUUUUACGGUGUCAGAGCUGCCACUGAUCUUGUCCAUCGAGAACCACUGCAGCCUCGAGCAGCAGCGAGUCCUGGCACAUCACAUGCGGCACUUCCUGGGAGACUGGCUGGUUAUGGGCACUAUCGAUGGCUCUGUGCCCACCCGCAUGCCAUCCCCUGAGGAGCUGAGAGGAAAGAUCCUGGUGAAGGGCAAGCGGAUUGGGCCAUUGUUGGAUGCCCUGAGUGGGCCGGAGGAGGACCCCUGCUCAGGGGAGGUGACGGACGAGGACGAAGCCGCAGAGGCAGAGGAUGAAAAUAUCAGGAACGAAGUCAAGAGGAAAGAAAAGGUCUCCAAGCAGAGUCUGGCUAAGGAGCUGUCAGACUGUGUAGUUUACUGUAAAAGCGUUCACUUCCACAGCUUCCAUCACUCGCGGCAGCACUAUCACUGCUAUGAGCUCUCCUCCUUCACUGAGUCCAAGGCCAGGAAGCUGAUCCGGGAGGCUGCCAGCGAGUUUGUCUGUCACAACACCUGGCAGCUCUCGCGAGUCUAUCCCAGCGGCUUCCGCACCGACUCCUCCAACUUCAGCCCUCAGGAGAUGUGGAAUGCUGGCUGCCAGAUAGUGGCUUUAAACUUCCAGACGGCCGGAGAGCACAUGGACCUGAACGAUGGGCUUUUCAGCCAGAAUGGUCGCUGUGGCUUUGUCUUGAAGCCCUGGUUCAUGAGGACCUCAGUCACCACAUUCGACCCCGAACAUCCCACAGGGACCACAGGCUUCCGGCCAAUCACCCUGACCAUUCAGAUUAUCAGUGGGCAGCAAUUGCCCAAAGUGGCAAACAGUAAACAGGGAUCGAUCGUGGACCCGCUGGUGCGAGUGGAGAUCCAUGGGACGCCCGGUGACUGCGCGCGACAGGAAACCAAGUACAUCGACAACAACGGUUUUAACCCAGUGUGGUACGAAACCUUGACCUUCAGCAUCCAGGUUCCUGAACUCGCUCUCAUUCGCUUUGUGGUUGAGGAUUACGACAUGACCUCGAAGAACGACUUUGUGGGACAGUUCACAAUGCCGUUGAGCUGUGUACAGCAAGGUUAUCGUCACAUCCACCUGCUUUCCCGGGAUGGCACGUAUAUCCCGCCCUCCGCACUGUUUGUGCACAUCAGGAUCACUGAGGACUGACUCCGCCUGGCAACUCUCCCUCCCCACUCCCCACUCCGGCAAAGCUCCGCCUGGCAAUGGUCCAUCCACCGGCUCAGCCCUGGUUUUAUAAACAUUUCCAGAAAAUGUUGUUUUAUAUUAAACCAUGUGAAUACCUCAACCCCACACUCCCUCACCUUCACACUGCUUCACACUUCCUCACCCACACUCUCUCACACUCACACUCUCUCUGCAGAGCACAGUGAGGACCAGGAGACCUGUGCUGCUGCUGGUAAAUACCGUCUACGUUGGCAGCAACACUGUGAUCAGCACUGUGCUGGGUUCUGGCCGGAGCUGGUUCUCCUUUUAUGGUCAGGACAAUGUCCAACAGUGGGAGCUGCUAUUUAUACUGUGUAAUGUCAACAGCUAAAGACCCAGAAACUGAUCCUGGAGUGCGGUGGGGGGGCUCAUUCCCAGCCACACACACUCUCACUUACACACAUGCACUCACACUCACUGA